AUGCAGGAUCUUGCAACUGGUGAGUAUGAACGUUCCUUUGUUUCAUCAGUGAUUCGUCCCAAAGAGAUUGGCGUAAAGUUCGACGAUGUCGGCGCACUCGAUCAUGUGAAGAAGGUGUUGAAUGAACUUGUCAUCCUCCCCAUGAAAAGGCCCGAGCUUUUCACCCGUGGAAAUUUGAUACGCCCAUGCAAAGGAUUGCUACUUUUCGGGCCGCCGGGGACCGGAAAAACCCUAAUCGCAAAGGCUCUCGCAACGGAAGCAGGAGCUAAUUUCAUGAAUAUUUCCACUGGAUGUAUUACAUCUAGGUGGUAUGGGGAGGAUGAAAAAUUUGUAAGAGGACUCUUCUCCUAUGCCGCCAAGCUGGCUCCUGUCGUUAUUUUUGUCGAUGAGGUUGACGAUUUACUCGGUGCCCGUGGAGGAAACUCUGAGCAUGAAUCUACUAGAAGAUUCCGGAACGAGUUUAUGUUACGCUGGGAUGGAUUGAAGUCGACAGACAGCCAGAGAAUACUUGUACUUGGUGCCACAAAUCGGCCUUUUGACCUCGACGAUGCUGUCAUUCGCCGCAUGCCUAGAAGAAUUUAUGUAGACCUACCCGACGUAAAGAAUCGUACGCAGAUACUAAAAGUACUUCUUGCUAAAGAAAAUCUGGAAUCCGGUUUUUCUUUCGAGCAACUUGCAAAGGCCACCGACAGUUAUUCUGGGAGUGAUCUAAAGAAUCUUUGUGUUGCUGCAGCAUAUAGACCUGUGCAAGAACUACUACAAGAAGAAAGCAAGGGUACGAAAGUUGAUGGAGCUCCGGCGUUAAGACCGCUCACGUUGGACGAUUUUAUUCGUUCCAAAACUACGGUGGGACCGUCGGUUUCGGACGAUUCAUCGAGUGUGAUCAAGCUGAAAAAAUGGAAUGAGCAUUGUCAGAAAUGUAUGCUGAAGAGAUUGAGGUGCUGA